CUACAAGAAGGGCGAGUGCGGGAGGAUUUCCUCAUUCUUUGUGCGUAGAAGUUGGUGGAAAUGACUGGACGAGUGAAAACCGGCUGCAAAGCCAAGGCUAAGCCUAAGUCACGCUCGUCCCGGGCCGGACUGCAGUUCCCGGUGGGCCGUGUUCAUCGGCUCAUGAGAAAGCGAAACUAUGGUGAGCGGGUGGGUGCCGGAGCCCGGUCUAUCUGGCUGCUGUGCUGUCCCGUCUCCAACGCACCCCAUCCUCCUGACCGGCAACGCAUCAUCCCCAGACACCUGCAACUGGCCGUCCACAAUGACGAGGAGCUCAACAAGCUGCUGGGAGGGGUGACCAUCGCUCAAGGCGGGGUGCUGCCCAAUAUCCAGGCCGUGUUGCUGCCCAAGAAAACCAGUGCAGCCUCUGGCACCAAGAGCAAGUAGAUCAGCGAAACCUCAAUCUAACGACCCAAAGGCUCUUUUCAGAGCCACCUA